CACACAAAGUUUGUGCCGUAUUCGGGAGUAUUUGACAUUGGUGAUUAUAGGCGUGGCAGUUUUCUGGUUGGUGGUGGCGCUUUACAAUUUCAUACGAGCAUUCAAGAUGGCGGCAGACAGAGCAGCGUUCAGCAACCCAGAGACCCCUGAAUAUGUUGGUUUUGCCAACCUACCAAACCAGGUGCAUAGGAAGUCUGUCAAGAAGGGCUUUGAGUUCACGCUCAUGGUGGUCGGUGAGUCUGGUCUGGGCAAGUCCACUCUGAUCAACAGUCUCUUCCUAACUGAUCUGUAUCCAGAGAGACACAUUCCUAGUGCAGCAGAGAAGAUUGAUAAGACUGUGAGUAUCGAUGCCUCAACGGUAGAGAUUGAGGAGAGAGGAGUUAAGCUUCGGUUGACUGUUGUAGAUACACCAGGCUAUGGUGAUGCCAUCAAUAACAACGACUGUUUCGAUCCCAUCCUGAAGUACAUUGAUGAUCAGUAUGAACGCUACCUCAACGAUGAGAGCGGUCUAAACAGAAGAAACAUCGUAGAUAACAGGGUCCAUUGCUGCUUCUACUUCAUUUCGCCUACCGGACAUGGGUUGAAACCCCUUGAUGUUCAGUUCAUCCAAGCCCUACAUAGCAAGGUCAACAUUGUGCCUGUCAUAGCCAAGUCUGACACACUCACUAAGAGAGAACUCAACAAGCUUAAAAGAAAGGUACUUGAUGAGAUCCAUGACAAUGGUAUUAAGAUCUAUCACAUGCCAGACUCAGAUUCUGAUGAAGAUGAGGACUUCAAAGAACACAACAAACAACUCAAGGCUAGUGUGCCAUUUGCUGUCUGUGGAUCAAGUCAGCUGAUCGAGGUCAAAGGGCGGAAGGUCAGAGGGCGUUUGUACCCAUGGGGCGUAGUUGAAGUUGAGAACCCUGACCACUGUGACUUCAUCAAGCUAAGGAGUAUGCUGAUAGCAUACAUGGAGGAUCUGAAGGACGUGACCCAUGAGGUACACUAUGAAGCAUUCAGGUCUGAGAAACUAGCCAAGACAGGGAGCAGUGGUGCCAAGAAACCAACUUCGAGGAGAGCAGGGUCUACCUCGGAAGAACCCUCGACUGAGAAGGAUCGUAUGCUGCUGGAGAAGGAUUCAGAGCUACGUCGCAUGCAGGAGAUGCUAGCACAGAUGCAGAAGCAGAUGCAGCAACAAGCUCAGACGGGUGGUCUUCACUCUGAGGAGGUUUAGAGGAGGAGACGGAGAGAAGAACCAACAAUCAUGGUAAUUGUAUUAUGGAAUCAUCCACUGCUGGACAGCUUUUGGGACCACCACUUGUUACUAGACCCUGUACCAUGUUCUGUUACCUCCGUUGUCGCCUACUUGUCGAGAUCACCAGUCUCUUGGAAAGAAGGAAUGUGCUAGCUUAUUUCCAUAAUCAUUAUAAUAAUAAUAGAUAAUAACAUUACCAUAAUAACUUCUACAGUAGCUAAAGUCCUAGAGCUGGAAUAGCCAAUGGGAGUAUGUUUUCAGUGCUCUUUAUAACAAGUUUUCACUGUGAUAGUUGAUAGUACGACGGCAAUUAAAGUCAAUCUGCUGAGAACGAAGUGCACUUGGGAUUAGGCAAAGCUUUUAAGAACCUUCUCAUUAUGAGGUUUCACUCUCCAAUUUAAAUCAUCUGAGGGUUUGCAAGGUUGUUAGUACAGAAAAAACACAUUUUAGUUUGAUGAUGAAAUACAGACGGAAAACAUUUCACUGUUACAGGUGUAAAGUUAACAGUUAGAAUUGGGUCAGUAAUCUCAGCAUUUUCUAUUGUUUGUUGGGCCAAACGAUGCAGUUUUAAUCCAAUUUUAAUCAUCAGAGGGUUUGCAGGGUUGUUAGUACAGAAAAAACACAUUUUAGUUUGAUGAUGAAAUACAGACAGAAAACAUUUCACUGUUACAGGUGGAAAGUUAACAGUUAGAAUUGGGUCAGUAAUCUCAGCAUUUUCUAUUGUUUGUUGGGCCAAACGAUGCAGUUUUAAUCCAAUUUUAAUCAUCAGAGGGUUUGCAGGGUUGUUAGUACAGAAAAAACACAUUUUAGUUUGAUGAUGAAAUACAGACAGAAAACAUUUCACUGUUACAGGUGGAAAGUUAACAGUUAGAAUUGGGUCAGUAAUCUCAGCAUUUUCUAUUGUUUGUCGGGCCAAACGAUGUAGUUUUAAUCCAAUUUUAAUCAUCAGAGGGUUUGCAGGGUUGUUAGUACAGAAAAAACACAUUUUAGUUUGAUGAUGAAAUACAGAUGGAAAACAUUUCACUAUUACAGGUGUAAAGUUAACAGUUAGAAUCGGGUCAGUAAUCUCAGCAUUUUCUAUUGUUUGUUGGGUCAAACGAUGCAGCAUUACCUUAUCAAGUUAUCUGAUAUUAAUCAAACUCAUUUGACCCCUGUUGAUAAUUAUUUAAUCAUGAAAUUAUAGCUGUUGAUAACAUAACGUGUGUAGAUUUAUGCUUAUUCUACAAUCAGAUAUUGUUUUUCAAGCUAAUGAAAUAUUGUAAGAAUCAUAUUUAAGUGGAAAGUUUAAUGAAGGAGUAAAAAAGAACCGAAGUGAUUUAUGGUAUGCAGAAUUUUUUUAAUCAUUUAUAAAUAGGAAUCGUGCUUUGUAAAGGAAUUAGAGUGGCUUUAUGUUUUGGAAUAUUUACUAGUUCGCAAACUAUGCAAUAUGAAUU